UAUAGCGGCGAACUAGGCAGGCCAACUUGCAGAGUGCAGCUCAGACUCGAGACAGCGGCUGCUUCCCACUGGCGGUCUUCCGGAGAGCAUCGCGCUCCGAUGUGCGCUGCUGCUGUGCCCGCUGGAUGUUGAGAUCGCGCCGCGCGCCCCGCCAGGAGCCACCAUGUCCAACCCGACCCACGACCCGUUCUACUCGUCUCCGUUCGGACCCUUCUACAGGAGACACGCGCCCUACAUGGUCCAGCCCGAGUACCGGAUCUACGAGAUGAACAAGCGGCUGCAGACGCGCACAGAGGAAAGCGACAGUUUGUGGUGGGACGCCUUUGCUACAGAGUUCUUCGAGGAGGACGCCACCCUCACGCUCUCCUUCUGCCUCGAGGAUGGACCAAAGAGAUACACAAUCGGCCGGACGUUGAUCCCCCGUUAUUUCAGCACGGUGUUCGAGGGGGGGGUCAGCGAGCUCCACUACAUCCUCAAGCACUCCAAGGAGUCCUUCCACAACUCCUGCAUCACCCUGGACUGCGAUCAGUGCACCAUGGUCACCCAGCACGGGAAGCCAAUGUUUACCAAGGUAACGCCUGACCCCCGAGCCCCCCCAGAGAAGGAGAACAUCAAAUCAUGCACAACGAGACGCAGGAUUAACGAACAGAACCGAACCAACACUGUUAAUGCCUCAUCGGGUCAAAAGCUACAGCAGAAUCUAAAAAAUAGUAUUAUGUUAGCACAUCGUAAGGCAUUCAGUAAUUUGACCUUCUUGCUUUUUUUUCCAGCAUUUUCUCAUCUUUUGUCAACCUCAUCAAGUCUGAGCUUUAAAGUCAGAUCUUACAACGGAAAAUGGGAGAAGCGCAAAGGCCCCGAAACGCUCUCUACGUGUCUCCGCCCACUCCAGGACGUGAUGGUGGUCGGCGAGCCGACCCUGAUGGGCGGCGAGUUCGGGGACGAGGACGAGCGCCUGAUCACCCGUCUGGAGAACACGCAGUACGACGCCACCAACGGCCUGGACGACGAGGACGACUUCAACGGCUCCCCGGCGCUCGGCAACAGCGCCCCCUGGAGCAGCAAGCCGCCCGGCGGCCAGGACAGCAAGGCCGAGAGCACGGCGCCCCAGCCCUCGCAGUGAAACAUCAGAUUACGAAAAAAGAUCCCCUUGCCCCACCCCCAUCCCCAGCCCCCCCCCCCCCACCCCCCCAUGACCCCCUGAGGGCAGUGCAUCUACGCCUCACAACAUUGUACUGAAUCAGAAUCUGCAAAACUAACCACCGGCAAUUUCUUGCCAAAUGCAUUCUGGGUAUUUUUUUCCCCUCCUCCGGAUCAUCUGGGAGAACAAUGGGGAGCACCAGAGACCACAGCUGCAUACGGCGCGACUUCCUUUUGUUCUCCCUCGGACGCGAACCCGUCGUCCUGUGGAAUACUGCAGCUGACCGAAGACGCAAGAAAAGACUAAGAAGGAAAACAACAAACAAAAUAACGAGCUCAGCUGCGUUUUUUUUUUUUUUUUGUUCUCAACAGCCAAUGGAAGAGUCCAACCGCAUUGAUGACGAAUGAAUCGGUUUUAUUGGGAACUCAUUUGGCCGUUGUUUUUUCUUCUGCUGUUCCUGUUUAUUUCCAUUUCCAGCUAAGAGGAAAUAAAAGUCCUCUACCGAUAUGGACUCGUUUCCAAACGAGGGAAAACCGUGUCCCGGGAUUGUUUUUUCCACAUUAGUGCGGCCGUCACAGAUUGUGAUUUCAUGCAAACCAGUUUGAUUGUGUUCGUGGUCUAUUGGUAUUUUGCUUCUCUCAGAAUCCUUUGCAGUCACGUUGUAAUUCUGCGCCGAUCAGUAUGUGAACUUUGCCGACACGCAUUGAUGCAUUAAUGUUGAUUUUUAUUUUUCAUUUUUUUGCCCCCUCUUUGGAAAUUGGACUUCUCUCCCUUUAACGACCUACUCCCAAACUGAUACUAAAGCCUUUUCCUGCAUGAUUUCAUAGGAUUUUUACUUGGUUUGAUAUAUGUACUUGUAAAGAAAAUAAAACAUCGCUCUGAUUAUCCUUUUGGGUUCAUCAGUUUGGGAACACUGUUACAAGGUUUGUAGCUCUGUAAAUAGAGGUGGAAUCUAUUUUGUCCACUGUAAAUCAGCCACUGAAACCAGUUUGAAUAUGGCAGCUGUUCUGUUUUGUACAGGAGGUUCAGGUUUCUGUCGGGUGGUUCGGAUGGACUCUGGUUUUCUGACCUCUUUAGCUAGUGCGGAACCAAAGCCACCAAGUUAACACUUACAAAAUCAUAUUUCUUGAAUAUUGGGUGACAUGAGACGAGAACAAUUUCACGCACAGAUUAUAUCCCAUCCAUCCCACAGAAACAGUUGGACAUUCUAUUAUUUGUGCGACUAUUUUAUCUUGAAUUGAUGAUAUAUCCCUGAUCUCUUUUGUCUGACUUUUGUUUGAACAUUUUCGAGAAGACAGCAACAUCUGUCUUUAUACAAUUGGAUCUAUUGGGUAUUUAUUUUGUGCAUUUGUAAGGAAGCUAACACAUUUCUAAAUACGUUUGAGCCUAGUAUUAUUAGACACCAUUUGUACAUUAUAAAGCAGAGGUGUUCAGUGUCAUAUCUGAUGUCUGGUAUGUAUGCUUUACCAUUAUGUGUGCCAAUAAAACGUAAUUACAAAAGA